GUGGCCACUCGGGGCCCUCGCUUAGAGCAGAGACCGCCUGAGGGCGGGCGGGCGGGCUGGAAACCCAGAUACACCUGGAGAUUUUGGGGGCAGCUUAGCGUGGCAACCCUAUUGAUCGCCUUGUGCUCAUUUCUACCUGUCCCCCCCGCGUUGGCAAGGGAGAGUGUCCAAAUGAGCAAGAUAUCACAGCCAAACAGUGCCGCAGGAGUGAACGGGGUCAGUGUCAUUCAUACCCAGGCCCAUGCCAGUGGCUUGCAGCAGGUCCCUCAGCUGGUGCCUGCUGGCCCCGGGGGAGGAGGUAAAGCUGUGUCCGCCAGCAAGCAAAGCAAAAAGAGUUCCCCCAUGGAUCGGAAUAGCGACGAAUACCGGCAGCGCCGAGAGCGGAACAACAUGGCUGUUAAAAAGAGCCGCUUGAAAAGCAAGCAGAAAGCUCAAGAUACCCUGCAGAGGGUGAACCAGCUCAAAGAAGAGAACGAACGCUUGGAAGCCAAAAUUAAACUGCUCACAAAGGAAUUAAGUGUACUGAAAGACUUGUUUCUGGAGCAUGCGCACAACCUUGCAGACAACGUGCAACCCCUUAGCACCGAAACGACCACGACAAAUUCGGAGAGCACAGGACAGUAGACCUCAUUCUCUGCAGACUUGACAACUUGGGGGUUAAAGGGGCGACCAUGUGCACCCCUCAAAUGGCUGAGUGGUGUCGAGCCUUCUCUAUUCAACCAUCCAUUGGAGGUUGUUUUCUAGGAUCACCACUAAAGAGUCGAUUAGCCAGGGAAUUUACAUAUCGAUCUUAAAAUGUGGGGGUCAGAAGAAUGCUAAGGUGUAUGGUUAACACAAAAUAUCCUGGACCUUGAUGUUCUUGAGUCUUGACUUUGUCAGAAAUAGGCUUCUUUUAGGUUGACAGAAAGAAUGGAAAAUUGGCAGAUCGUGCAGGCAGCUCUCGGUUUUAGCAGAAAAGAUCAAUUGGGUUAAGUGAAAUUGCCAUCUAUGUUAAUCUAUUUGUGAUUAAAUUGUCUAUUACAAUCCUGGGACUAUAGAAACUAAACAGUUUGUAAUUGGGCACAAUUUUAUGUAUAGCAUACACCUUGUUUUAGUAUAAUUAAUACUGUCCCAUCCCUUCCCUUCCUCUGCCCCCACUGUAGUAAGUUUCUGAACUGUGAUGUUAGCUUACAUAAAGAAGCCACAUCACACCGUAAAAAUAGAACACUUAGGAAGCAGAGAGACUUAAAAAAUAAAAGACACAUUAGAAUCAUGCUUUUGGGAUACCUUUGGGUUACUGGAUGACAUAGUUUUGUGAUGGAUGUUAUAUAUAUAUAUAUAUCUAUAUGUCUACAUAUAGACAUAUAUAUAGAUAUAUCCCCACUUGUGUCCCAAAAUUUUAAGCUUCUGUAAUUGCUAGUGAAGCUUUUUUUUUUUUUUUUAAGUUUCAGAAUCCAUUUUGACAGCCAAGUUAGUAAAUAAAGUGAUUUAGCAGCUUGGUGGCAUAAGCUACUGAUUAGGAUUGGGAAUACUAGUGCAGCUGGUAGUUUCUUCCCUGUGCAAAAUAACUGCCUAGGGCCACAAUUUUUAUGUGUGUGUGUGUG